AUGAAGAGAGAUGGUGAUUCUGGAUCGAAUUCCUGGAUAGACCUUCUUGAAAAUCCAAAUCAGUGGUGGGAUUAUCGUAGUAGUAAGUGCAGUGGAUUGGUAAAACCAAAGCACCCAGAUUUUAAACACAAGAAUAGUGGCCAAUCUGUCUGGCUUACUGGGGCGCCAAGGUGGAUUUUAUCAGGACUUGAAAAGGUGAAAUUUGAUGUUAAGACUGCCGUAACAAAACAAGCAAAGCGGCAAAAAGAGAACAAUCUUAUGGGAGCCAUCAGCUGCCCCUGUCCCAUGGUGGCAAAUGGCACCAUACUGAACACCAGCAGAGCAGACACACACAGCUGUAAGGAAACUAAUGGUUUAAGGAUGGCCAGCCCCACCUCUUUCCUUCCUAAACUUUUCUAUUACUUAACUUGUCAAGUUGAGGAAGAAUUCUGGAAGGACUUGGUGGAAAAUCCUCAUAAAUGGUGGGACAACAGAUUUGAUAAGAGAAAUCCAAAAUCUCCUGACUUCAAACACAAAGAAACGGGUGAAGGAUUGUGGCUUGGCUCAUCACCAGCUUGGGUGCUCCCAAAUUUGCCGCCUCCAAAAAGUGCAGAAAAUGUUGCUGAUAGAAAGAGGGAUACACUGCUGACAUUGUCUUCGUACAUAAGGUUUAUGCAAGAAGAACUGAUGUCCUUCAGCAUGCCUUGCUUUUGUAGUGAAUUGAAUGUGGUUGACUUGGCCUCAAAAAGGGUUUCAUCAAAAUGGGGUGUGAUGAUAUCCUCGGGGAUGAGCUCGAAAAUCUUGAAACAAGCGUUGAUUCAACAGAAGGAGAUUCAAGCUGAGGAAACUGAAGAGAGAAACCCUAAUUUUAAUGCUUUGGAGGAAGGAUUACCGGAGCCUGAAGAAGAGGAAUAUGCCGAGGAUGAAAUUGAUGAUUUUAGUGGUUUCUCCGAGACUCAAAGCCAGUUUAACGAUUAUCCUGAUGAGAUUGAUGAGAAUGAUGAGAAAUUGCUUGACGCAUUUUUAUCAAAGGAUCGUGGUCCGCAACGAACACUUGCCGACCUUAUUAUUGAGAGAAUUAAAAAGACUGAGGCAAAUGUUUCUUCAGAGACACAGCCUAUGCCUAAGUUGGACCAGUCUCUCAUAGAGUUGUACAAGGGAGUUGGCGAGUAUCUGAGUAAAUACACAGCUGGAAAGAUACCUAAAGCAUUUAAACACAUCCCUUCUAUGCAACUUUGGGAGGAUGUCUUGCACCUGACUGAACCUCAGAAAUGGUCACCAACUGCAAUGUAUCAAGCCACGAGAAUCUUCUCUUCCAAUUUGGGUGCAAAGAAGGCAGAGCGCUUCUAUAGGCUUGUCUUACUUCCUAGGGUUAGAGAUGAUAUCAGGACGAAUAAGAGGCUGCAUUUCAGCCUGUACCAAGCUUUGAAGAAGUCUCUAUACAAACCUGCUGCAUUCAACAAGGGAAUAUUGAUCCCAUUGUGUAAGGACCAGAGUGGCAGGUCAGGGACGUGCUCUCUUAGGGAGGCUGUCAUAGUUGGAAGUGUUAUUCAAAAGGUCUCCAUUCCUAUGCUUCAUUCAUGUGUUGCACUGUUGAAGCUUGCAGAGAUGGAAUAUUGCGGCACAACAAGUUAUUUUAUCAAGCUUCUAUUGGACAAGAAAUAUGCCUUGCCAUAUCGUGUAGUUGAUGCAGUUGUUGCUCAUUUUAUGAGAUUUCUUGAUGAUACAAGAAUAAUGCCUGUAAUUUGGCAACAAUCACUUCUUUCAUUUGUGCAAAGGUACAAGAAUGAACUGCAGAAGGAAGAUAAAGAUAACCUUAGAAGACUAGUUCUGAGGCAAAAACAUAAACUAGUAACCCCAGAAAUAAUCAGAGAGCUAGACAAUAGCCGCAAUCGUGGCGAGAAGGAUGAUCCUAUGUUACUGAUGGAGAGCUUUGAAUUAAUUCAGGCCUGCAUGUUUUGGGGUCUGAGUAGUAUGUUGUUUGGAACCAUCUGGAGAUCGAAAGGUUUCAGAACAGUAAAACGCAAGAGAUCCGAGCUAGCUUCGUUAGCUUGGUUUGAUUCUACUGAGAGAGUUACUAUGAUAGAGUUUCAUGGGUUUUCCCUCAUGUUUGGUACAGAAAUCAUGGAAGUAUGA